CGGGAGCGGCCACGUGCCCCGGAUCCCGCGGCGACGGCCGGGCGCCGUGACGUCAUCGGCGGGCGCCACGCGCCGGGCUGCAGCCGGAAGUACCGCGGCCGCCGAGCCACGUGCGGACCCUCCCUCAGGCCAGCGAGCGGGGCGUCGGUCCCUGGCCCCCGCCACAGAGCCACACCAUGAGCUUCGUGGGGUACGAGGAGCUGAUCAAAGAGGGGGACACCGCCAUCCUGUCCCUGGGCCACGGGGCAAUGGUGGCGGUGAGCGUGCAGCGCGGAGCACAGACCCAGACCCGGCACGGCGCCCUGCGGCACUCGGUGGACCUCAUCGGCCGCCCUUUCGGUUCCAAGGUGACCUGCGGCCGAGGGGGCUGGGUGUACGUGCUGCACCCCACGCCUGAGCUCUGGACCCUGAACCUGCCCCACCGCACCCAGAUCCUCUACUCCACCGACAUCGCCCUGCUCACCAUGAUGCUGGAGCUUCGGCCCGGCUCUGUGGUCUGCGAGUCUGGCACGGGCAGCGGCUCUGUGUCCCACGCCAUCAUCCGCACCGUGGCGCCCACCGGCCACCUGCACACGGUGGAGUUCCACCAGCAGCGGGCGGAGAAGGCGCGGGAGGAGUUCCAGGAGCACCGCCUGAGCCGCUGGGUGACCGUGCGCAACCAGGACGUGUGCCGCAGCGGCUUCGGCGUGAGCCACGUGGCAGACGCUGUCUUCCUGGACAUCCCGUCGCCGUGGGAGGCCGUGGGCCACGCCUGGGAUGCCCUCAAGGUUGAAGGUGGGCGCUUCUGCUCCUUCUCGCCGUGCAUCGAGCAGGUGCAGCGCACGUGCCAGGCGCUGGCGGCGCGAGGCUUCUCGGAGCUGAGCACCGUGGAGGUGCUGCCGCAGGUGUACAACGUGCGCACCGUCAGCCUGCCCCCGCCCGACCUGGGCGCCGGCCCCGGCCCCGACGCCGGCCCCUUCCGCAGCGGCGCACCCAUGAAGGAGGCCGUGGGCCACACUGGCUACCUGACCUUUGCCACCAAGACCCCGGACUAGUGGGCUGCCCGCCGGGAGGCCCGGGAGCCGGGUGGCCUGGGCCAGCAGGGAGGCUCGCGCUGCGGCCGCCUUAUAUGGCCGGGCGCCUGCUGGGCCUGUUUAGACAGAUGGUGGGGUGGGGCCUCCUGCUGGCCUCGGGGCCCUGAGGGGGGAGGGAGGCCCGCCCUGCCCAGUGUCCCUGUGGAGCUGCUGCUCGAUGCCUCUCUAAGCCCCACUGCCAGGGCUCCUCUGGGUCUGAGCCCAGGGAUGCAGGUGGUGGCCCCAGGCGGGAAGGGGGUGGGGGAGACAAGGCUGAAGGAGGGGGCAGGGGCUUGGUGCAGGGGACCCCCGACCCCCAAGGCCCGGCUGCUCAUGAGGCCUGUGGGGACCUCAGCCCUACCCUGGCCCCUGCCCCCUCCCCAGCGCUGGUGGGCCAGGCUGGCCUUGUCCCCUGGGUGCUGCACAGCCGUCUCUCCAGGGCCGCCCCGCCGCCUCCUGUGCCUGCCGGGAGCUGCCUGCCUUCCGCCGCGAGGACACGGCCUCCGUCACCCAGGAGCCUGGGGUGGGCGGGCCUCUGCCCACCAGCCAGCCAGGCUUGGAGCCCUUGGAUCCCUUGUUGCUCAACCCCAGGGUUUCUCGGGGGUCGGGGCCAGCAGGGGGUGCACCAGGACGGGGGGGCCGGACACCAGGGCCGGUCACAUGUCACCUGCCUGGCUUGGCCUCCAGCUCUGGGUGUGGCUGGCAUCCCUGCCCCACACACGGGCCUGGCGUCUGCCCCGGGCCCCAGGACUGUGCGUGCGCACGACCCGCCUGGUGGAGAAUAAACGCUCCCCUGCCCUGCA